AUGAAUAAUUUGGAUAAUUGGGACAACAUUUAUACUCCAUAUCAGGGCAUAGAUCCCAUCACGACUAUGAUGAGCAGUUUUACCAUCUCCCAAAACUCUACUAACUUGAAAAGUUCGAACUUCAAACAAAGUCAAUUGGACAAGUCUUAUGAAACUGCAGCAGAAGAAAAUUCGAGUGAUGAUUGCGGUCCACAUUCUCUGCUAUGCAACGAUCUGGAUGUCUUCACAGCCAUGGACCAUUUAUCAUACGAUUUCCCAAUUGAGAACCGAUCGCAUACACAAACGUUCUCUUCUUCUUCAUCCCCCCUUUCUUCGACAGAUCAGAAUAUUUUUUCUCCUGCUUUUCUGCCAGAGUUCCAAGGCUUGAGAUCCACCGAAAAGUUCUACAAUGAUAAAAAAAUUAGUUCCAAUGUCACAAACUACUUUCGUAAUCAAUUCACUUUUGAUACUUCACAAUGUUCGAAAGUCUCUGAUUCUACUUUAGUUGCCCUUGACGGACAGGUGACAGAUGAGAAGGAUCAUGAACUGGAAGUGUUAGAUAUACUUAAAGAAGUUCGAGAAAACUCUUCUGAGUAUUCAAGGAAGGUUUUCAUUGGAGGUGUUCCUGAAGGCAUGUCAGCGAGUGAACUAUGCGAUUUUUUCAUGAGAUUUGGCGAAGUUAAAGUAGAUUGGCCCCAUCGUAAACAGUGCGAUGAUUAUCCUAAAGGAUAUGCUUUUCUCAUAUAUACAUCGCCUGAGUCCGUUCCAGCUGUUGUAGAAAGUUGUGCGUUUUUCCAGGGAAGACUUUGCAUACAGAUGGAAGAUAGUGCUAUGAGGCCCAAAACAGUACAAGUUCGCCCAUGGAGAAAUGCUGAUAGACUUUGGAAAGAUGGCACUGGUAAUGUCGAUGCCAUAACAGCGAGAUACUCAGUGUUCUUGGGUGGUGUACCUAGGACAGCAACUGCUUGCCAACUCGCAAACCUUAUUAAUGGUUAUAUCGGCAACGUUGUAGCUGUCAACAUAGAAGUGGAUAUCGAAACUGAGUAUCCCAAGGGAGCAGCGAGAGUUAUCUUCAGCAAGAGAGAAUCAUACAUUACAGCUAUUGCCAAGAGACAUAUUGGAAUCUUCUCGAGCGAAUCACAGAAAGAGAUGGAAAUGAAGCCGUUCUUAGAAGAAAACAUGAACUGUGAACAUUGUAAUAAAUCCCAAACAAGAAACUUUUGUGCUGAGCUCAGAUGUUUAUUGUACAUCUGCGAUAAAUGCUGGCCAGUAGUUCAUAAGAACCAUAGUACUCAUGAGCACAAGCCUAUGCAGAAAGGCUCAUUCUUUGGCAAGACUGCAUGUGCUGAUGAAAUACGUAAAGUUUCUCGUCGAGUUUCAUCUAGUUCUAAAGAAGUGUCUGAUUCAUACAAGGAGAGGAGAGGUUGUGAAUUGACAUAUCCGAGCAACAACUUUGUCUUCCAAGAAAAUUUUGGCCAUGGCCACUCUGUCGAAAACAAGCUUUAUUUGAAUCCAGAAAACUUGGUUGAUUACUCCCGUAAAGUGUUUGUAGGAGGUUUACCAGAGGGUCUGACUGCAGACGAAAUUUGUGAAUUUUUCUCCGUUUUUGGGCAUGUUACCGUUGACUGGCCUCAUCGCGAACGUUCCCCUCACAUGCCAAGAGCAGGGUAUGCUUUUCUUGUGUUUGGUAAUGUGGAGUCCGUCCGUCGCCUGAUAAGUAGAUGUAUUUCUUCCCCUGGAAAGUUAUGUUUGAAAAUGACGUUUCCCGACAACUACGUGGAGAAAAUUGUUCAAAUCCGUCCAUGGUGUAAAGCAGAUCGUUUCUGGAUGUCAGGAAAGUAUCGUGGCAGUGAAAGAUAUGCUAUUUUUAUGGGUGGUGUACCGCGCACUUCAACAGCAGCUGAUCUCGCUGCAUUCCUGUUCCAAGAGAUUGGAGAAGUUCUCUCAGUGGCAAUUGAGGUAGAAAACUCGACCGAAUAUCCUAAAGGAGCUGCUCGUGCGGUGUUUGCAAACCGAGAACAAUACGUUUACGCUAUUCGUCUUAGCCAAAUUGCAAUCACAAGUGUUGAUCAACAAAAAACAGUUGAGCUGAAACCUUACUUGGAAGAGUCCAUGAUGUGCGAGGGUUGCGGUCAGGUAGAUACUCGUAACUUCUGUGCCGAUUUGGACUGCCUCGUAUAUCUAUGCGAAUGUUGUUGGGAGUAUUAUCAUUCGGAGCCGUUCAAUCAAACACACAAGCCAAUGCUCAAAGGAGCUUUCUUCCCAUCAAGAAGCAUCAACAUGCAGAUCGACGAUUUUCAUGCACCAGAUUUGCGCCCUGAGUGGGAGUACCAAACUAGAAACUAUUCGCGUACAUCACAGAACUGCGAUGGUUUCUUUGAAAAUAACUGGAUGAACAAGCGCGCACCUAACUAUUGUGGUAAGAAUACCAAGAGAAUGAUGAUUUGA